CAACAUUUUGGGGCCCACGUCAUUGGUUUCCACAGUGGGCUGAUCCAGCGCUGCUCUUCCGGUGGAGACGUGGCUCUGUACUGCUGCCAUAUUGACGCCAGCUAGCUAAUAAUCACACAACUUGUAGUCAGCUGUAUAUUCGCACCUUGCUAUUCCAGAGUGACUAGAAACCAUCAAAGCAAGAAACACAAGAUACGGAAGAUCGUUGUACUAUAGAGAGAGACCAAAAUGGUGCUGUUGGCAGCGGCGGUGUGCACCAAGGCUGGCAAGGCCAUAGUAUCGCGGCAGUUUGUGGAAAUGACCCGGACGCGUAUUGAGGGUCUCCUGGCUGCGUUCCCUAAACUGAUGAACACAGGCAAACAGCACACCUUUGUGGAAACAGACAGUGUCCGCUAUGUGUACCAGCCACUGGAGAAACUCUACAUGGUUCUCAUCACCACCAAGAACAGCAACAUCCUUGAGGACCUGGAGACACUCAGACUCUUCUCCCGUGUGAUCCCAGAAUACUGUCGUGUGCUGGAGGAGAGCGAAAUAUCAGAGCACUGUUUUGACCUGAUCUUUGCCUUCGAUGAGAUUGUGGCACUAGGCUACAGAGAGAAUGUCAAUCUGGCUCAGAUCCGCACCUUCACAGAGAUGGACUCCCAUGAGGAGAAGGUUUUCCGUGCUGUCAGAGAGACCCAGGAAAGAGAGGCCAAGGCAGAGAUGAGGAGGAAGGCCAAGGAACUUCAGCAGGCUAGGAGGGACGCUGAGCGCUCUGGAAAGAAGGUGCCAGCAUUUGGCGGCUUCGGCAGCGCGGGCAUGACCAGCAUGUCCUCAGGGUCCAUCAUCACAGACACCAUCGUCGAGCCUGAGAAACCCAAGAUCACACCGGCUCCAGUCAGACCAAGUGGACCCAGUAAGGCUCUUAAAUUGGGUGCUAAAGGGAAAGAGGUGGACAACUUUGUUGACAAGCUCAAGUCCGAGGGUGAAACCAUCAUGCCCACCACGGGAAAGAGGGGCUCAGAUGUAUCUAAAGCUCUGCCACCACCAGUCAAUAUGGAGAGUGUACAUCUGCGUGUGGAGGAGAAGAUCUCGCUGACUUGCGGUCGUGACGGCGGCCUACAGAACAUGGAGGUGCUGGGUAUGGUGACACUCCGAGUCACAGACGACAAGAACGGACGCAUCCGCCUCAUUAUCAACAAUAAUGAUAGCAAAGGAUUGCAGCUGCAAACACAUCCCAAUGUGGACAAGAAGUUGUUCACAGCUGAAUCAGUGAUUGGCCUGAAGAACCCAGAGAAAUCCUUCCCUCUCAACAAUGAUGUUGGUGUGCUGAAGUGGAGACUACAGACCACAGACGAGUCCCUCAUACCUCUAACCAUAAACUGCUGGCCUUCAGAGAGCGGUAGCGGCUGUGAUGUCAACAUUGAAUACGAGCUGCAGGAGGAGAGUCUCGAGCUCAACGACGUGGUCAUCAGCAUCCCUGUACCGUCUGGCGUGGGAGCUCCCGUGAUCGGUGACCUCGAUGGGGAGUACAAACACGACAGCAGGCGAAACGUUCUGGAGUGGUGCCUACCUGUCAUCGAUGCCAAUAACAAGACCGGCAGCCUGGAGUUCAGCAUCGCCGGACAGCCUAAUGAUUUCUUCCCUAUCAGUGUGUCCUUUGUGUCCAAGCGCAACUACUGCGACAUCCAGGUUACCAAAGUGACUCACGUAGAUGGCGACAGCUCCGUUAGAUUCUCUUCGGAAACCUCCUUCGUUGUCGACAAAUAUGAAAUCCUGUAAAAAAAAAAAAAAAGAAAAA